GGUCAUACUUGUGCCCGAACUUGUCGGUUCGGAGUUUCGUUCGACUCAUUCUGACAGGCUCGGUGAUCAUCUCCGUGAGCGAGUUCACGUCCAAGAAACGUGAAUUAUAAAGGAUAAGCUAUGGCAAACCCGAAGAAGUCGAAGCGAGAAGAGAAGGUUGUCGAAGCUGCACCCAUUGAUGAUGAUGAUGAAGUCCUUGACUCGGAUGACGAAGGCGAUUCUGGAGACGAUUCAUCAUCAGCUGGUGAGGAUGGGGACGUGGUGAACCAAGUAAUAGACGUCAAUUUCGAAGCGUUUCCUCCGGACGACUCAGACUUUCAUGGAAUCAAGAAACUACUUCUCCAAACAUUCAGGAACGCCCAUAUCAAUGUCUCGGACCUCGCGAAUCACCUCAUAGAGCUCAACAAGCUAUCACUGGUUCUGCGGCAGUCCGAUGAUGACAUGCUAGACGAUGACGAUGACAUGGAAGAUGACGCAGAGGUUUUCGGGGUCGGAGGGUUAUUGCCGCUCAACUCAGAUCGGGAAGGGGUGAAGGAUGUCAAGAAAUUUCUACUUGAGCAAGCCGGGGAGAAAGGACAGGCUCGCUCCAAAUUGGAACAGAUCUUCUCCAGCGGCUCGAUAGGAUUCCUGAUCUCAGAAAGAUUCGUGAAUAUCCCGCCCAGGAUAGCGGCACCAACUCUGAAGAGCAUAUAUGAAGAUUGGAAAAAGAUGCCCAAAUCGAACAAAACCUUCGAUUUCAGUCACCUCGUUGUGAUAUGCAAACAGUACAAAGGAGCGAACAGCUUGAUUUACGCCAACGGAGAGGAAGAACUUUUCGAAGAUCUCGCGGACUUCAAAUUUUCAUAUGAAGUACCCCAAGGGGACGCAGAUACAGCUAUAGCCGGGAAAUGGAAAGAAGGCGACGAGGAGUUGAAACAAAUUCGUCAGGUGCUCGUGCUCGAUCCCAAGAAGCUUCCGGAAAUGAUCCAACUGAUCGAAGAGAACGUCUGAUGGAGAUAACGAAGUUCCCGGGGGAUUUCCGGACGGACAUUCGGUAGGGACUGAUAGACUCGCUGUCUCGUCUCGGAGCAAGAGCCGGUGAAACCGAAGUGAAUACUUGAUAGGAGUGCAAGGCUUCGGGUCGAGAAAUGGGGAAAUUCAGGCCUCCCGUGAAGCCUCAUGCUUUCUCCAAGACUACAUCCACCGAGAUUAAGGUGGAAAGUGGAAGUUAUUCGGCGUAUACAGCGGAGGAAUCAGUUCCCUCGAGCAUUCCGAGUGAUUUGGAGUGGGAUGAGAUCGAUUUCCAGGUGCUCUCCCGCAGAAUACCUGAUGCCUUGAAGUCGAGUCCUGCCGAAGAU